UGCAUCGGGCCUGCAACAUUGUUAGUUAGAUCAGGUUAAUUAUUAACAUCACCCAUUUCAAUCCAACCUCGUGCCAAUGGCGAGUCCUAUGGAAGCUGUAGCCCGUUCCAGCCUCGUGCUCGCACCUCGCCGGCGGCGAGCCCUCGGCCUCCUCCCGGCGGCGGCGGCGGCCGCCCCAUUCGUGCUAGAUUGUCGCCGGCGGCAUAACGGAGGAAUGCGUCGUCCUCAUGUCAGCUUCGCCUGCUCGGCCGAGCUCGACACCGGUCGCCGGCAGCUUCCUUCCACGGGGACUCGAGCGGUGAUGUCGUCCUGUCCCGGAUAUGUUGAGGGGAGGAUGGUAGGAGAAAAUACAAGUCAGAUAAACAUGGGAUGGGAGGCUAGAAUACUUAGGCACUUGGAGAACCCGGAGUUCUUACCAUCUUCAUAUGACAUAGCAUGGGUGGCUAUGGUGCCAUUGCCGGGCACUGAUCAUCUUCAAGCUCCAUGCUUCCCUGAAUGUGUGGAAUGGAUACUACAAAACCAACACAGUAAUGGGUCGUGGGGUGUCAAUGAAUUUGACUCAUCAGCCAGCAAGGAUAUUCUCCUAUCCACUUUGGCAUGUAUUAUUGCACUUGAGAAAUGGAAUGUCGGUUCGGAGCAAAUAAGGAGAGGAUUACAUUUUAUCGCAAAGAAUUUCUCCAUUGUUAUUGAUGACCAGAUUGCUGCACCUAUAGGCUUCAACCUCACAUUCCCUGCUAUGGUUAACCUUGCCAUUAAGAUGGGUUUGGAAUUUCCUGCCAGUGAAAUUAGUAUUGAUCAGAUUCUUCACCUCCGUGAUAUGGAAUUGAAAAGACUGGCUGGUGACGAAUCUUUGGGGAAAGAGGCAUAUUUCGCCUAUAUUGCUGAAGGUCUAGAAGAAAGCAUGGUGGAUUGGAGUGAAGUUAUGAAGUUCCAGGGGAAGAAUGGAUCAUUGUUCAACUCCCCGGCUGCAACUGCUGCUGCAUUAGUCCACAGAUACGAUGAUAAAGCCCUGGGAUACCUAUAUUCUGUUGUCAAUAAAUUUGGAGGUGAAGUACCAACCGUGUAUCCGCUAAAUAUAUUUUCUCAGCUUUCAAUGGUGGAUACUCUCGUCAAUAUUGGAAUAUCUCGGCACUUUUCUAGUGAUAUAAAGCGCAUUUUGGAUAAGACAUACAUUUUAUGGUCACAGAGAGAUGAGGAAGUAAUGCUGGAUUUACCAACAUGCGCAAUGGCAUUUCGCCUUUUGCGUAUGAACGGAUAUGGUGUUUCCUCAGAUGACUUGUCCCAUGUUGCUGAAGCCUCAACUUUCCAUAACUCAGUUGAAGGAUACUUAGAUGAUACAAAAUCCUUAUUAGAAUUGUACAAAGCUUCAAAAGUCAGUUUAUCAGAAAAUGAGCCAAUCCUAGAGAAAAUGGGUUGCUGGUCAGGUAGCUUAUUGAAAGAAAAAUUGUGCUCCGAUGACAUCCGAGGAACACCAAUCCUUCGAGAGGUAGAAUAUGCUCUCAAAUUUCCAUUUUAUGCCACGCUGGAACCUCUAGACCACAAGUGGAACAUUGAAAAUUUUGAUGCCAGGGCUUAUCAGAAGAUAAAGACCAAAAACAUGCCGUGCCAUGUCAAUGAAGAUCUCUUGGCUUUGGCUGCUGAAGAUUUCAGCUUUUGUCAGUCAACUUACCAAAAUGAAAUCCAGCACCUUGAAAGUUGGGAGAAAGAAAAUAAGCUGGACCAGCUCGAAUUUACGCGGAAGAAUCUAAUAAACAGCUAUCUCUCUGCUGCUGCCACCAUAAGCCCUUAUGAAUUGUCUGAUGCUCGCAUUGCGUGUGCAAAAUCUAUUGCGCUCACACUUGUUGCCGAUGACUUUUUCGAUGUCGGAAGUUCCAAAGAAGAACAAGAAAAUCUCAUAUCCUUAGUCGAGAAGUGGGAUCAGUAUCACAAAGUUGAGUUCUACUCUGAGAAUGUAAAAGCAGUAUUUUUCGCUCUAUAUUCUACGGUUAACCAGCUUGGAGCAAUGGCUUCCGCAGUACAGAACCGCGACGUUACAAAAUACAAUGUUGAAUCGUGGUUGGAUUAUUUGAGGUCUUUAGCGACAGAUGCAGAAUGGCAACGGAGCAAAUAUGUGCCAACAAUGGAGGAAUACAUGAAAAAUUCAAUUGUGACAUUCGCAUUGGGACCAACUAUACUCAUAGCACUGUAUUUCAUGGGACAAAAUCUCUGGGAGGACAUCGUGAAAAAUGCAGAGUAUGAUGAGUUGUUUAGACUAAUGAACACAUGUGGUCGUCUCCAGAAUGAUAUUCAAAGCUUUGAGAGGGAAUGCAAGGAUGGCAAACUGAACAGUGUGUCACUGCUUGUUCUUGACAGCAAAGAUGUCAUGUCAGUAGAAGAGGCUAAAGAGGCGAUAAACGAGUCUAUAUCAUCAUGUAGAAGAGAGUUGCUACGGUUGGUUGUUAGAGAAGACGGUGUCAUUCCUAAAUCAUGCAAGGAGAUGUUCUGGAAUCUUUACAAGACAAGCCAUGUGUUCUACUCUCAGGCCGAUGGAUUUUCCUCGCCGAAGGAAAUGAUGGGUGCUAUGAAUGGAGUAAUCUUUGAGCCACUGAAAACUAGAGGCAACUAGUCCAUCUUAAUUUGGCUGAGAAAUUUUUAAAAAAAAGGUUUUCCUACGGUAUCGCGAGACAUCCGCUUUGUAACUCUAAGGUAGCUGCCGGUCUUAUAGCCAGGCGAGAGUUGUAAUAUGAACCUUUUUCUUCUUAAUACAAUGAUAUACAAGCCUUUUACGUAUUAAAAGAAAAGUUCCUUUGUAAUUUUCCCCAACCACAUGAUAAGGUGAAACAUCAAGGAAAUAAGCC